UCCGUCAGCAGAGAGUCGUGUGUGUGUGCCACUGCCACAUCCGCAGACACUCGUUUCUUCCCCUCAGUUGGAGAUGAAGGAGAAACACACUGAACACAGUCCGUCCUCUAACUGCACCUGCUACUGCACACACAUCGAAGGCGGUUGGCUAAAUGAUGGAUUUCAUUACCUUACUCGUUUUGGCUGAAGAUGAAGAUGCCUUAAGCUUUAGUACUGGACUCUGGGAUGCCUGACGCAGACCGCAUUUCAAAACAUCGCAUUCCUCCUGAAUCCUUAAGGGAAACAAAAGGAAUAUGAAUUUCACUGCAGGUUUGCUGAAAAAGGAGCACAUGCUCUUAAACACCUUGCUGUCGUUGAAUGUUUCUUUCCACGGUGCCGAGGACUUCAUGAGCGACGUUUACCUCCACCAGAGUGGAGAGCUCGAGAGAUUGCUUCUGCUGACGAUCAAAGAGCCCACCACUAUCGCUCUCACGGUGAUGUAUUCAUUAUCAUUCGUGGUGGGAUUCAUUGGAAACCUAAUGGCCAUUCGUAUGCUUACCUGCCAGAAGAGUAAGAGGCUGCAGAGCAUCAGUGCCACCCGGAAUUUACUCGUGAACCUGGCAGUGUGUGAUCUGAUGGUGGUUUGCAUCUGCAUGCCCAUCACCCUCGGCCACACCAUUUACACCGCAUGGGUGUACGGAGACCUCCUGUGCCGGGCCGUUCCCUUCAUCCAGGCCGUGUCCGUGUCGGCCAGCGUCCUCAGCCUGACCGUCAUCAGCGUCAACAGAUACUACAGCGUUCACAGCCCGCUGAAUUCCCUCUCGUACUUCACCCAGAAGAAGAUCUACGUCACCAUUGUGUGCGUGUGGGUCUUGUCCUCUGCCAUUUGCGCGCCUUUGCUCUUCAUGAUCAAGCUGGACAAGAUCCACUUGAUCGACAUCGCCGUGCCAAUCUGCCGAGAGCUGUGGCCGCAGGCUAGACUCAAGCAGGUGUAUAACGUGCUCCUUUUCGUAGCUCUCUACUGCAUCCCUGUGACCUUUAACCUGAUCAUCAGCUUCCUGACUGGCCGGAAGCUCUGGAGGGCUUCUCAACAUUUCGCAGACUUCGAUCCGCACAGCCUGGCCAUACACGCCUCCCGUCUGAAGAUGCGCAAGAAGAUCGCCAAGGUGGUGGUCACUUUGGUCCUCCUGUUUGCCGGCUCCUGGCUCCCGCUUUACGUGGCAGACAUCCUCAUUGACCACGAGGUUCAUCCCCCUCACUGGGUUCUGCAGACUCGGCCUUUCGCACAGUGGUUGGGCCUUACUAACUCCAGCCUCAAUCCCAUCUGUUAUUGUUUCUUGGGCGAUUUGUACCGUUCUGCCAGAGCAGUCAGGUCCAAGUACCAUCAGAGGAUGCUCUCUGUCUUUCGAUACCCCAGCUCUUUUAAACUGUCCAGUUUGCUCUCACUCAAAACACAGAAAACUGGCCGGCGACAAGGUGCCGUGAGCCAGGUGUCAGUUGAGACUCUUUCUGACUGGUGUUCCAACAACAGCCAGAUGGUUUCUCUCCAAAGCCUCUCAGAGAAGAUAACGUCUACAAGCAAUCUUGAAUUAUCGAACUUGUAGUAAGGAUGCAUGUUACCUGAAAGGACACAGAGCACUUAAAGGGAUUGUUCCCCUGAAAACAUUGUUUGUGGUCCACAGAGCAAAGAAAGUCAUACAGGUUUCGACAUGAGGGUGAGUAGCCUAAAUAAUGACAGAAUUUCCAUUUUUGGGUGGACUAUCUCUUUAAGUAUUGUUCAUUUGUCUUGCAGUACUGUCAAAGAGCAUGUGAUUCUAAAGUAACAUGUUGCAUAGUUUGUGUUUGUAACCACCCACAGUUACAUUGCAUCAUCGCAUACACAUACAGUGUGACUUCCUGUAAAUAAGAUAAAGACAGAAAUUCUGAAUUAAGGCCAAGACCAAUGUUCGCAUGCAAAAAUGUGAUAAUUGUGAUUUGAUCAUUUGAAUGAACAGCUAUUCAGACCAAGUUGAACAUUCACAUGCAGUUAAUGUUGCAGUUUUUUUUCUAAACUCUUGACACACAUUUCGCCCAAUUUAACACAAGAUUACGUCCAAUUUUCUAAUUGCACAUUAUAGGCGUUAUAAGAAAAAUAACACUAGACAAGCAGCCAAUACAACAGCGAUCAAUACAUGUUAGUUUAGCUACUUGAAAACAAGUGCAUUGCACUGGAAAGACUGUUACAUCAAAGAGCUAUGACUUGAGCAGCUUAUUUUUCUAGGUGACAGUGAAUAGCACACGGAAAAGAUCCAGAUCUGGCACUCAUUCUUUGUAGCCUACUCUUUUAUUUGGUGUGGUUUGAUUAAAAAAAAUUAAAAAGCAAAUACAAACCCACCCUUAAACCUAUCCA